AUGCGACUCAGGCUUACGAUCCAGCGACAUGCUCUUCCAAUAACAAACAUAUUGUGGACUGCACGAACGCAGGACCCUACUUCAACCUCCGCACAUGCUUCUGCAACAAUCUCCCAACUGUUGGAGGAUGUGAAUGACAUAUUCCAGCUUGAGAGUGAUGAUUGGGGUUUGGAAGACUACACAGUCGAGGUGGAAGGCUACGAAUGUCUGCAUUUUCAGCCCAUCGACUCGGUAUUGAAGGAAGACGAUAAGGUUACUAUUCGUGCGCUACAAACCAAUGACUUGAGGAUACGGAGACUUGGAGGGCGGCACCAGAUCACUUCUGACGGAAGACAUCUAUUCGACGGUGUCGCAUUCGGAAGACCCUACCUGAGAAAGACAGCCAGGCCUGCAUUUCCGAUACCACCCAGGAAAAGGCGCAAGCUAGACCUUGGACAUGGCCAGUACAUCGAGGAUGACUCUACCUCGCAAGGUCUAUUGUCAGGAAAUCAUAUGGUUGUGGACUCAGCUGCGGAUUUCUCCAGAGGCGAAUUCGACGCCAGUAUAAAUGAUGAUAGGAUGUGGCAAGUUGCGGCGAGGCAACCCACUGAUAAAAGCGGUGAAGAUACAUACGGCAAUUUUGAAACUGACGAAUCAGACAGCGACUUCAAAAGUUUCAGUGAGGAGGAAGGAGACGAAGCAGAUUUGGAACUCUCUGAGGAGCUGAAGGCGCUUCUUGAUGACGACCCCUCAGAACAGGGCAAGGACGAAGGCAAGAAGUAUUCUCCAAACCCAGACAAACAUCAGGAAGCAAACAGCUUUCACGCUACUAGACAGCACAAGAAGCGUAAGCGAGACUCUGAAUAUACAUCAGAAUGUGCAUCAGAGGACGGGAGGAUGGGCUCCAUGAGUGGCUCGAAGUCUCCAGGUGCCCCUUCCCCCACCAUCUCGUCUGAUAAAACCACUCGCAACGCAGCAUCCACCCCAGCCAACAGCUUAAAUGCUGGGUAUGAUGUGGACUGCGCGGAACAAUCGAAGGCUCAACUUGAUGGUCUUGACGACAUCUAUGAAAGCUCAUCUUCUAGCGACACCGGAUCCUCGAACUCCACUUCGAGCGAAUCUGACAGUGAAGCCAGCUCUUCGGACUUUUCCUCAAUGGCCUCACAAACUAUAUCUUCUUCAAGCGGUUCGGCAUCUGAGCCUGAGUCUGACUCUGCAGCUGCGAUUGAGUCAGAAUCCGGGUCUGAUUCUGACUCUAAAUCGGAUUCCACAUCGAAAGAUGAAGGCGAGAUCACAGGUGCCUCUCUUGCCGGCAUGAAGGUGCGACAGGAUCUAACUGACAAGGCAAUGUCCACGCUGCCAGCUGUGUCGAUGUCAAUGCACAGUGCACCGGGUAAAGGCUCCACCAUAACACGCAAGAACAAUCAACGACAAAAAAAGAAGAAGAGGUUAAAUAUCCUGAAAGCCAAAGGACUGCUUGCACCGAAUGCUGGAUUCAAGGAACUUGAGGCUUUCGACCAGAACACGUCUGCAUCACCUGUGACAGACAACCUGGCGCAGGUACAUGACCCUGAAAAUACCUUCGAAGCUCGGAAACUAGAUUUACUCGAGCGGCUGAUGCCUCGUGGAGUAGAUUCAGUUGCUGAGUCGGACGCUUCUGGACACAUUUCAGGGGAAGUACCCUGCGAUUUGACUAGUGGAAAUGGCCCUGCUUCUGCUCAAACUCUAGCCCCCAAUAGCGAGGAUCGUCACGAGGUCAGGUCCAUAAGGAGAGCAAAGCUCGACCUAGACAGUUCGAGGCGCAUGCUUUUUGGAUCACUGGGAUUCAAGGCUCCAAAAACCCCUGCUGAUGAGCAAUUAUUGCGUGAAAAGCUUGCUAGGCAGGGACGGGCGGUUACAGCUGGUCGGGCCAAGCAUAUAAUUACGGAAGAGAAUAAUGCUUCCGAGACAUAUGCCAAGCCGGUGCCUGAGCGUACGGCAUCCGAAACCUGGAGAGACAAGAUCAUACUAUUAGCAGUGGAAUGUGAAGGCAAGGGUCAGCGUUUGACAACGCCGCCUUUUCCUUUCGUUCAGCGGUGGCAGCAAGGCCAACAGAAGAAUCAGCCUCAAGGCCAGCCCCAAGAAUACCAUGCUUGUAACGUGGAGGAACAGCAGAGUGCUAGCGCCACCGUAGAUGAGCCUGAAAGCGGUGGUUUCUAUGUUGAAGGUGAUACUGCACUUGACGGUGUAAAGCUCAAUGGAGCUAUCCAAAAUCAGUUGAUCGUUGAAGCAGAAGAGUUGUCGAAAAGGGAAGAAGCCAAAAAGUCUACUGCACCAGACAUGCCUGUGGUCACCGAAUAUGACGUCCUCGAAGAGUUGAAAGCCGAAGAUGCCGUUGCAGGGGCUGUGAUUGCGUUCAAGCAGCUUGAUAUGUCCAAAAAAACCCUCUGGCAACCCGAAAUAUCUGCAUAUCGAACAGCCAAGAUACAAGAGGUGCUGGAGGACGGAACCCUCAAAAUACUUUUAGCAGAGAGGGAUAGAACUUCGUUGUCGCUGGAGUCGGACGACCACACUGGUGAGAGAGUCUUCAGCAAAUUUGAAAUGCCAAUCGAGGAGGAGGAAGACGAAGAUGGUCCAGAUGAUGGCAUCAGAGAAGUCUUAUACGGUGACCUUAUAGAGCCUAAGCUUGUGGAGGGUGUGAUGGCCAGUUCAUCAGUAGGUCAGUCGACGCAAAUAGCACGCUCUUCUACAAGCGGGACGAAAUCGGAUGAAGAAGUUUCUCAGGUGAAAGGUUCGGCUAACUCAAUCAAAUCCAGCGUUCAAGAACCAUCUGCUCAAGUCGUGGUUUCAACUCCUCGGCAGGAAGAGAUAUCGAAGCUGAUCCAAGAAGCUGGCUUCCAUUCGUCCCUUGACACUGAACUUCUCCAGCCGACGCCCCUGCCCCCAGGGAUAGCCGGCCAUGCUGACGAGAGCUCACCAGCUUCGCCUCAGAUGUCAGAAAAGCAAUACGGCAACCAGCCGAUGAACCUGGAUGGUGCACCCAGUGAAGCUGACACCGCAGAUCUUGACAGUCCACUGUUUCAAGGCUCAGACUCGAGUUUCAUUCAACAAGAGAACGAUUUUUACGAUUCGUCCAUCAACCUUGAGCACAAAGAACAUGAUUCUGGCUUUCAGGGAGACCAAGUUGACAAGGACAUGGGAACUCCAAACAGUGUUGCAUACCCCAAAAUAUCGCAACUAGUGAUUGAUGAGAGUAGAACGUUGCCUCUGAAUGGAAAGCCGGACUCAGCUAGAACACACAGUGCCAGUCCCAUCGAAAUUAAGAGGCUAGAUCCAGACUCUGAGGUGUUGGACAAAGACGAUGACAGCACAUUCGAAACCGAAGGGUCCCAUUUUGACUCGUUAAAGUCCAUCAUACCUCCUUCAGAUGAUAUCGCUCCCAAGUUCGAUGCAGCCUCCCCAGCAGGCUCACAGAUUACCAAUCCUUGUCUUUCUGAGCUCGAAGGUAGCGCGUCUUCGGAGGAUGAUCUACCCAGCUUGAGUGAAAUCACUUCUACUGCUCGGUCUGGAAGGAUCUCUCCGCCAGCAUCAGAGAAAGCAGCGCCUUCAGAACGAAAGGCUUCCACUAGCCCGAAAUCGCCGUCGAGCGUGGAUGAAAGAACCUCUGGUACUCAAUAUCAUACCCAAACAGAGACAUCAUCUAUAUUUCAGCCAUCGCAAAUACCGCCAGGGUCUCAAUUUGUCGAUUUGACUCUUUCAAGCGACCCAAUAUCUGCUGAACAUAGUGAUGAAGAUUAUCCGUUCAUGCAAAGGAGCUCUGUUCGAAUCAAGCAGAGCAGCAGUCAGGUCGAGCCACGGAAGUCUUUCUCAAGCAGUGCGAAAACUGGGAACAGGCGGCUGAUCAGGGGGAGGACGGGAAGGCCCAGACCGUGA